AUGACCGACGUCCGCCACCUUGACGACACCACCCUGGAGACCAUCUCCUACCUGGAGUCCCGCCUGCUUCGGAUAGAGCACAUGCUCUACGGCCAUACGACGCCCCCUGCCAAGGCCCCCGCCAUCCCGAACCUCCAGCAGCUGGAGCACCGCUUUGCCCAGCUUCUUCAACACGUGCGCACCUACGCCGAGCUGCUCAAGAUCUAUAAUGCCAACCCGACACUCUUCGACGCCCCUUCUACCUCGGAGACGUCCCCCUCCUCUCUAGAUACCUCGGCCCUUGCCCAGAUGGUCCUGGCCGCCUCGACCCUCUACCCCUCCACAGCCUCAUCGCUGACGUCCAUCAACGACACCCCCGUCCCGGACCCCGCCCUCAGCACGUCGCUCGCUGCUCUAUUGCCGCGGAUGAAGGCCGCCGAAGCUGCGCAGCUCGCCCAAGCGGCCGAAGUCGCCGAGCUCAGGGCCCGGAGUGAGGCCGUCGUGAGGCGCUGGUACGAGGGCAGCGUUGUGGGCUACGGGGACUUUGUCGCCGGAGUCGAGGGGCGUGUCGAACGUGUCGAGAGGCAGGUGCGGAGGGUCGAGAAAGCUAGACAGGACGUAUGA